UAUAAAAGGCGGCUGCCCCCGAUGCUCUUCACUUGUUCACCCGCAACAACCAACCACAUCCAUCACCAUGUUCAAGCUCAUCGCUUUCGCCGCCCUCCUGGCCGUCGCCAACGCCGGAUUCCUGUCUUCCCCUGUGGCUUAUGCCGCCCCCGCUGCCUAUGCCGCCCCCAUCGCCACCUCUUACGCCAACACCUACAAGGUCGCCGUGAAGUCUCCCCUUGUUGCCGCCGCCCCCGUCGCCUAUGCCGGAUACGCCGCCCCCGCUGUCCACGCUCCCCUGGCCUAUGCCGCCCCCGCCUACGCCCACGCUGCCUACGCCGCUCCCCUCGCCUACAAGACCCCCGUCGCCUACUCCGGAUACGGAACCACCCUCAUCCACUAAGGACUAGUCAAACACAUACAUGCUGGCUGAACAGCAAAUCUGUGAUUCCGAUCUGCAAAUAAAUCUAAAUUAUGAAAUGUGAAUAUCAAAUUGCAUUGUUUCUA